CCAAGAACCCCAUUUCAAUUUGUAAAAUCUGUCCCUGACUCCUACACUGAAUUUAUUAUUCCAUUACCAAAAUUUGAAGCUUUUUUUUUUUUUUUUUUUUUGUAGAACAAGACCUAGCUAAUUACCCUAAAAAGGAUUUUUUUUUUUUUACAAUUUUUCCUUUGGUUCAAAUGAGGAAGCGUCAAGUUGUGCUUAGAAGAUCAGAAGAAUCCUCAAGGGAUUCUGUGGCUUCUUCUUUCACAGUUAGAAGUGUAAGAUAUGGGGAGUGUCAAAAGAACCACGCUGCCGGUGUCGGAGGGUACGCCGUUGAUGGGUGUCGAGAAUUCAUGGCGAGUGGUGACGAAGGGACGACUGCUGGACUGACUUGCGCCGCUUGUGGUUGCCACCGGAAUUUCCAUAGAAGGCAAGUUGGAACUGAGGUAGUGUGUGAUUGCUCUUCAUCACCCUGAAAUGGAACUUAAUUAAAAGACUGUACAUAUAAUAAUACUAUAACUUCAGUGUGUAUGGGGUGAGGAAUUUUUUCUCUUUUUUUUUAGGGGGGGGUGCUGAAUAAACGAAAUUUCUCAACAUGGGAUUAGGAGUUGAGAUUCAGCUUUGUCGUUGUGUUGCUUGAAUUAUUAUUAUUAUUAUUUUUAUAAAAAAUUCUUGUGUUGGAUUGGAAUGAACUUGACUUGAACUAAGAAAUUGUGUGUUUUGUGUAAUUUGAAUUUUUUUUCCCCCUUUAAUUUCAGGUUCAUUUGAGGAUAAAAAAAAGUUAUGUAAA